AUGAAUCGGACCAACCACUACAAGACUCUAGUACACCCCCAGUUAAAUGCCAGCAAUCACAUUUCUACGAGUUGUCGUGUGUUAGCCGGUUUGACCUGGGUGUCACCGAAUGCCUCCCUGGACCGGUUGGAUUUGAAUGCACUGCAUCGGUGGACCGGCCCCAGAGCUGAAAGACCAGUGGUGAUGUUCGACAGCAUGCAAAGUCCUGAUUGGUAUGCCCGUACAAAACAUUGGCAUCCAUGGAUACCUCACAAUCUAGCUGGGUUUCGAUGGCACCCAGGACAUGGUGCCCCAUCCCUGAGCUGGGAUGACGAAGCUGGGGCAAAACAGGAUCUUGUACUCUUGGUCAAAAUCUUGGGUGCCAUCUAUCGGGAUCUCCGGCCUGAGGGCCCUAAACCUGAUAAUGCUUAUCGCAUUAGUGACCUAGAUAUCAGUCUCCCGCAGUCCCAGGAUCAAGCUCGGAAUUUCAUGCUUUCCACUAGUGGUUAUAUCCGGUGGCUACUAGCACAUCGUUAUGAUGACGUGGUGGAGUGCAUGAAGGCAAGGCUGACUUCUCAGGAUCUAGAGCGGAUGCAGGCAUGGAGGCUGGACUUGCCUGGAGGAGUGGGUGUCAUUUUGGAUCUGGUGCGGGACCGGAGAGAAAUGAACAUAGGGUUGUACGUCCGGCAUGGUAUUCCAGUCUACUAUCCUUGGACCGUAUCUGCAGUGGAUGAUCCCACCUUGUAUUGCUUGUCCCCCUCCUACUUGUUAUCCCAACCUCACAAACUUGAAACUUCCUUGCCAGCUCCAGGUGUGGACUUCUUUUUCCAGCCGCUCAUUCCUGGUCAGCAGGGCUCAGCCAUGAUAGCCCAGAAACUACCCCCUCUCCAGCACAAGGUGGUAGACUUUGAGGGUUGGCUACCCCGAUCCAUUUCUAAAAAGACAGCCCGUCUUUGUUUCCAGUCAUUUUAUUUCGAGGAAAGGUGGGAUCAGGCCCAGUCAGGUCGGCUGCGCAUCUACCAUCGAUUUAGACUCAACGCCAACUCUAAACCACGGGCUGCGGAGCCUGAUGUUCGAGAUGAUUAUAUCCGGGAGAGGUGGAAGUUUUGCCACGCUCCCCCCUCUGGGCAGUUUUAUGACACUUCCACUCAACAGCUGAUGACCGGAAAAUCCAGUGUCAUGCUUGCUGUGCAAGAAGACCACCACUCACCGGUGGUGAUACUACCGUCCAGGCCCAGACACACUGAAGUUGCACCUAUGUUUCUGCCUCCCGCCCAUACUAUCUCCCCUGGAAAUUCCGUGGCGGAGGUACAAGUUCCCCCUGCUGUGGAUUCUGAUGCAAAAUGGAAGGAAGUUGCGAUCACCGUGGAAUUAGAGGGCAGAAUGCAGACAUUUGUUUUGAGGCUCCACCCCUUGUACAUGCCUGAUGAACCUGGGGCAUGA